GAUGGUUUUGUAGCUUUGCGCACAUGGUCAAGUCACGUGAAUGUGUCACAAUUUUUGAUGGACUCGACCUUGGUCGAGAGAGAGAGAAGUUCUUCUAUGGGGCAGGUCCCAUAGGGCGUGUGUAAAGGGGAUCCAUUGCGCUGCCACUCCCAUUUUUUUUUUCCUUUCUUCAGUGUAUGAAUGCUUGAAUUUUUGUCGCAGAAAGUGCUUUGGCUAAUUAUUAUUUUAUUUGGUUUCAUUACCAACGCCUUCCGCCUUGUUCCUUUUGGAAAGGCUUUAAACCUUGUUUACUGCUUUCUAUUCUCUUUCUUUCUAAACUGCUUAAUUGGACCCUCUGGUGCAACUUAAUUAAACCCAUCCAUCAUCUACAAUAUCAGAUUAUCUUUCUUCUCCAAGUUUUCAUCUCAAAUAUCAGAUUUGCUUUAAUUAUUGCUCUGGUGCAUUCAGAGGUAUGGACUCCAUUGAGUUCUUUCAAGUUUUCAUCAUAAUCAUCAUACUCAUCAUGACUCUGUUCUACAUGUACUUCAGAUCAUUAACAUCUUCUUAUACUUCCACUUCUUCUGUUGCUGCUGUUGAUACUGAUAUCCCCCCUCUUCAAGAAAAGUAUGAUGUGUUUAUCAGCUUCAGAGGCGAUGAAACACGCGAUUCUUUUACCAGCCAUCUUCACGAGGCUUUACUUCGGAAGAACAUUGAGACCUACAUGGAUGACAGACUUGAGAAAGGAGACGACAUUGAACCUGCCCUUCUAGAAGCAAUCAAGAGAUCGAAAAUUGCACUAGUCAUUUUCUCAGAAUACUAUGCUUCUUCCACUUGGUGUUUGAAAGAACUUGUGCAUAUACUUGGAUGCAAGAAAAACCAUGGACAGAUUGUUAUGCCCAUUUUUUAUCGCAUAGAUCCAUCACAUGUACGAAAACAAAAGGGAACUUAUGCACUUGAAGGUCUUGAACUUAAGAAACGUUUGAAGGGCAGUGGGCAUGUGGUGGCCAACUGGAGGGCUGCUUUGAAGGAAGCAGCCAAUAUUUCUGGGUUUUCAAGAAAAACAGGGAGGACAGAGGCCGAUUUUAUUGAGGAAGUUGUUCAAGAUGUUUUGACAAAAUUGAAUAUGUCUACCGAACCCAAGAAUAAUACUGAGAGAGGUGAGGGAGGAGUUUUCGAGUUUGGCAACAAAAACGUCUAUAAAGGCCACAAGAAAGAAAAACAAGUCGACUCAUGUAGUGGAGAAACCGACACGGCCUCCGGCGGUGAAAACGAAGAGUGAACUCAGUGAACGUGGUGGUGAGCUGUAAAGCUGUCAAAAUAACAAAACCAGUCCAUGUGCAACCAUUCACUUAUAUAAUGAUUAUUGGGAUGUCUUUGUCAAAUACAUGAUGGAUGAAGAACAUGGGAAACAAAGGAUGGUGCUCUAGAAAGCUUUUACAGAUUUCUUUAAUGGAUUGAAAGAAAUCUGAAAAGCAUACACCAAUUCAGUAUAAACGGGAGGGACCACAAAACGCGUGGGUCAAUAACCAUGGGCCCAUAGUUUGGCAUCCAGACAACAAAGUUGACAACGGAGAACCCAAGACGUAAAGAAUUUGGAUACUUUUCUCACAUCCCUUUCAAUUGUAUCAUGAUAAUAUAAUAUAAUAACCAAAUUUUUUCAUGUAUAAAUACGGUAAAAAAAAUAUGAUAAGUUUAGCAUUAUCUUAGUAGUAGUGCUCA